AUCAAAGAAACUAACCCGUAAUUGUUAAAUCUGUCCAAGUCGAGCUUACAAAACCAACUUUGCAAGAAGCAAUAGAAUUUUUUUUUUAAAGAAAAAGUAGUCUUUGACUAUGUUAAUACACUAAAGCGUAUGUUAACAUUUUAUAUACAAACGAAAGCCUAUUUCCACAAAUGGGAUACUCCAUAACAAGCAACAUCGAAAGAACCCUAAAAAAACUAGCUAGCCGAGCAAUUUAGUCCUGCAGGUCUUGGUAUAAAAAUAGAUGAGAAAGAUAGAAAAUAAAAAGUUUAAGUCGGGAGUUGGAACCGGUAGGCUUGCAGAUGGUCAGUGCCUUUUUGUUUCGUCCUGGGAACAUUCCUGUGUCUCCAAGAUGAUUAUGGGCUAGACAGACAAGUUUGUAUUACUGCAUAUGAAGAAAUUGAUGCAGUUAUGUAUUUUUUAUGUCUUCGUAUGAAAAAGCUGAUAAGAGAUGAAUUUACUGAGUUUGCAUAUAAAUUUAUGUUUUAUAAAAAAUAUUAAGUAGCUGGGUUUGAGAACUUGGGACAAAAAUCAAAAUGUUAAUGUUAAAAAUAUGCAGUUGCAAGAAAAACAGUUAAUAUACUAUCUAUUCUUCAUAAUACCCCACAAUUUACAUAAUCGUUGAGAUCAGACAAGUAAUAUUUAUUUAACUCUAUGAGUACUUUAAAACUAGUAUUGCAAAGAAGACAUCCGGUCGUCGGAACACAAAGCAAACAAAGCAACCCCAUUAACGCACACACACACACUCGCAUGCGUAAACGCACGUUACCUAACAAGGAUCGCUGCAAAAUUCAUUACAGCCCGUAAGGGCCAUCAUAAAUCAACCUUGACUUAUGGAUGCCAAAGUUUGCACCCUUAAGAGUAAUUCUGGGUUUCGAAAAUAAGGUAAAGUUAACGUAAAGAAGUCACGUAAAACACAUGCAAACUCAAACCUCUUAUGAUAACUAAAGAGCCAAAAGAAGCACUCAAUUAGGUAAUGUGACGUAUAAACUAUACUUCAUUAUCGUUGUUCUAGUCUAUCAAGACUAGGUGUGAAAUAUUAGUAAGAUAAUACACCACAAAAGUAUUUCGACUAAACCAGUAUUAAAACAAAUCAAGACAUCCAUUCGAGGCAUCGAACUUUUGGAUAAUGCAAUAUUGGAACUCAAUAUUGAAAAGCUCUAUUAUAUCUUUAAAAUUCAAUUUACCGCACCUUAAAGGGUAGUUUUCAAUUGAGAACCGCUGCCUUCGUGGUUACUAGAUAAGGUGUCCCAUUAGAUGUAUUUUCAAGUUUCAGACCGGUUCGGGCUGAGCUGCGAAGGUUUAUAAGCAGUCGCCUGGACGUCUGAGAGCAUUCCCGUGUCGGCUCCCGUGGGCUCACCUCGUCUCCCCUAGUCAUCCCUGGUCUAUCAUCAAGAUGUGGCGGCUACUGUUGCUGACUUUCAUCGCGACUGCGUCUGCGCAGAUCCCCUCGCUCGGCUGGUGUCCUGACUUUCAGGCAAUGGCGAACUUCAACAUGAACCGCUUUUUGGGCACCUGGUAUGAAGCUGAGAGGUAUUUCACUGUCACCGAGCUCGGCACCCGCUGCGUCACCACCCACUACACCGCCACUCCUGAAGGCAGGAUCCUCGUCACCAACGAAAUUACUAACUCUUUAACUGGCUUCAAGCGCAUCAUGGAAGGUCAUCUUCAGAAGGUCGGCAGGGAAGGCGAGGGUCGCGUCAUGGUUAAGUACUCCUCCGCUCCUCUGCCCUACGACUUCGAGUACAGCAUCUUGGACACUGACUAUGAUAGCUAUGCUGUUAUGUGGUCUUGCAGCGGCAUUGGACCUGUACACACCCAGAACACUUGGCUGCUAUCUCGUGACAGACUCCCAUCGCUCGCUGUGAUGCAAAACGCCUACGCCGUACUUGACCGCUACAAGAUCUCCAGGACCUUCUUCCUCAAGACCAACCAGGCUGACUGCACCGUGCUGCCUGAGCCCGCGGCCGCCAGCGAGCUCGGAGCCAAGAGCUCUGAUGUGCCAGUCGACGCUGAACAGCCAGUGAAGGUGGUUGAGCAACCUGUCGAGAAGAGCGUGGACCCCGAAGUAAAGGCCAGCGUACCCGAGGUCAGAUCGGAACCUGAAGAGGAACCUAGCAAGCCAAUCCCCGUCGGUGAACUGAUCAUGUCCGAAUCCAAGAACAUGGAGAAGCAAGUCGAGAAGAUGGAGGAACCGGUAGUGGUACCAGCGGAGAACAAAGAAAUACCCACAGUGCAGUAGAGGGAAUGCUGAAUAAACGACCAGGGCUGUACAAAACUCAAGGGAUUACGGCAAAGGCUACUUUGGUCGGCAAAACACUUGUUCUGCCUAAUUGUAACUCUUAGAAACACGACAAAUCAUUUCGUUAAAUGCCAAUUCUGUUUCUAAGACUUAUAACAUCAGCUUUUAAUUCCACACCAAUUCUUUUGAAAAUACUUGUUUAUUUUCAUCCCUUUACAGCCCUGAAGUUCGUAAUGUGUGAUUGUUAGGAGCCUUUGAGUCUCAAAUAGGGCUACUUGACCAAAUAAGUAAUAAGUACCUACUCGAGACGUAGCAUGCUUGUCAGCAUCGCUUAGAUUUAACUCGAUAGUCAUUGUAAUAAGUGAAGACAGCUCUGAAAUAAAAAAAAUGU